GGAAAGCACGCGCCGCCGCAGUAGCGAGGGUCGUGCCGCUAGGAAGGAAGCGGCUGUCGCUAGCUUCAGAGGCGUACGGGCCGUGCGGGCAGCUGGUUGGUGCUUACACCCCUGCCGUGGCGGCAGGUCCUUCCACGUGUUUUCUGCGGCGACAUGGAGCUGGAGGAGUUGGGGAUCCGAGAGGAAUGUGGCGUGUUCGGGUGCAUAAGCUCAGGAGAGUGGCCCACGCAGCUAGAUGUGCCUCAUGUGAUCACUCUGGGACUCGUGGGGCUGCAGCACCGGGGUCAGGAGAGUGCUGGUAUUGUCACCAGUGAUGGGAAUCCAGUACCAACAUUCAAAACACACAAGGGACUUGGUCUUAUAAAUCACGUCUUUACUGAAGACAAUUUGAAGAAAUUAUAUACUUCAAAUCUUGGAAUUGGACACACGAGAUACGCCACUACAGGAAACUGUGAAUUAGAAAAUUGUCAGCCCUUUGUUGUUGAAACACUUCAUGGGAAAAUUGCUGUGGCACAUAAUGGUGAAUUGGUGAAUGCUGCUCGAUUAAGGAAAAAGCUUCUGCGUCAUGGUAUUGGUCUGUCAACAAGUUCUGAUAGCGAAAUGAUUACCCAGUUGCUGGCAUAUACCCCUCCUCAGGAACGAGAUGACACCCCAGACUGGGUAGCAAGGAUUAAAAACUUAAUGAAGGAAGCACCCGCAGCGUACUCCCUACUUAUAAUGCACAGAGAUGUUAUUUAUGCAGUACGAGAUCCGUACGGAAAUCGUCCUCUAUGCAUUGGUCGUCUUAUUCCUGUAUCUGAUAUAAAUAAUAAAGAGAAAAAAUCUUCAGAAACCGAAGGAUGGGUGGUGUCUUCAGAAUCUUGUAGCUUUUUAUCUAUUGGUGCAAGAUAUUUCCGUGAAGUCUUGCCUGGAGAGAUUGUGAAAAUAUCCAGACAUAAUGUCCAGACUCUUGCUAAUAUACCAAGGUCUGAAGGAAACCCAAUGGCUUUUUGUAUCUUUGAAUAUGUUUAUUUUGCAAGACCAGAUAGUAUAUUUGAAAACCAAAUGGUCUACACAGUAAGAUACCGUUGUGGUCAGCAGCUAGCCAUUGAAGCCCCUGUGGAAGCAGAUUUGGUUAGCACUGUGCCGGAAUCUGCAACACCCGCUGCUCUUGGUUACGCAGGAAAGUGUGGGCUUCCAUACGUGGAGGUGCUGUGUAAAAAUCGAUAUGUAGGAAGAACCUUCAUUCAGCCAAACAUGAGGUUAAGACAACUUGGUGUUGCAAAAAAAUUUGGAGUAUUGUCGGACAACUUUAAAGACAAAAGAAUUGUUCUUAUAGAUGAUUCGAUUGUGAGAGGUAAUACUAUCUCACCCAUAAUCAAAUUGCUCAAAGAAUCUGGUGCAAGAGAGGUACACAUUCGAGUAGCUUCACCACCAAUUAGAUAUCCAUGCUUCAUGGGAAUAAACAUACCAACAAAAGAAGAGCUUAUUGCCAAUAAACCAGAAUUUGAGCAUCUUGCAGAAUAUCUAGGAGCAAACAGUGUUGUGUAUCUGUCAGUAGAAGGACUGAUUUCAUCUGUACAAGGGAUAACAUUUAAAAAACAGAAAGUGAAAAAGAACGAUAUUAUGAUUCAAGAAAAUGGCACUGGCCUGGAAUGCUUUGAAAAGACCGGUCAUUGUACAGCUUGUCUCACUGGAAAAUACCCUGUGGAACUGGAUUGGUAGCUGGUAGAGGUAGAUAUAAUGUUUCAAGAUAUAAAGUUCAUCAAGAAGUUAUUUAUAGUGGUUAACAUCUUAUCCAUUUCCUGUUAACUCAGUUGGUAUAAUGCCACAUGGUUACCACAUAGUUAUGUUUACCGUUGUAAGUUUUGAGAUUUUUUUCUGAAAGGGUACCAAAGUGCUAUGCCUUCUUUAAUAAACCUAGAUAAAUAUUUUAGUGUUAUCUAGGAACUUGGAUGAUCCUUUCAAUUUUAUUUAGUAGUUUAGUACUUCGAGGCUAUCAGUUAUGAGAUCAUCAACAAUAAUGCAAAGGAUAGGUAAAUUUUCUGUUUUAGAGGGGAUUUCCAGGUACUAUACUGUACCACAAAUUCUUAUAGAAUUUAGUGGAGUGUUUCUUGAGAGUUACUGAAAUUCCGUUAUGGGAUAUUUUCAUAAUCGAACCUUGUUAAUUGCAUAUAAGACAACAAUAUUGGUAUUUUUUUUUUUAUAUAUACAAGCAUCGGCUAGUCUUUUUCACCUGGUUAGAGAAGGCAGGUGGUAAGUGGCAUUUGCCAAGUCCAUGCUUUAAAGAAUUUGCAAGUGGUUAGACUAAGAUGGUAUGAUGCAAACAGGACGGGUGAAUUAAAUGUAACAUUUCAUGCAAAUCUUAAAUCCAUUAUACCCCAAAGGUGUCAAGCCUCUAGAGUUCUGAUUGUAGUUAUGACCUUGGCUUCCCUAACUUUAGACAAAUCUUUUUUUUUCAAAUGCCUUUUUGUGCCUCACUUUUCUCCACCUGUGCAAUGGGGUACUUUCAUCACUAAAAUAAUUAAUAGGAGUGUGAAUAAGUGUCACACUUUGGGUGGUUAGAGCCAUUGUUUCACCCCUCAAUUUUAAGAUAGUGCAUGAUUAUUAUGUUUUGGAACGUUGGCUAUUAGUCUGCAAUUGAAAUUUCAUUAUGAUGAAGGGAGACAUACAGUUUAGCAGUGCUUUGCCACCUGCCUUUGAAAUGCCCUAAGAAUGAUUGUAAAAAUAUGUCUGUGGAAAAAGUUUUCCUACAUUUGACUAGAAAGUGUGAUCCCAUACUACUAUAGUACCCUUGUUGUAUAAAACCCAGCAAGUAAACUAGUAUAUUUGAAGUGAAAAAUACAUUUUUAGAUUCUAAUAAAUCUUUAAACCUUAAUUUGAUUACUUACAUGCUUUUUGAAUGAAGUUCUUGAUCACUUGCAAGCAUAUAUACAUCUACAUGUAUAUACCUAUCAUUGCAAUUAAAUGGUCAAGUAGAAACACUGUAGGGGCCAAUUUUAUUAAAGGAUCAAGGAGGCAACUACUUCCUUGGAAUUAGCAUACCCAUCUAUAAUAAUUCCAAACCUCACCUUAUCACUUCUACUUAGUUUUAUUGGGACUAAUGAAUUUGAUGUUUUUGAAGUUUUCUCUUGUAACAUCGGGAUUUAAAAUUUUAAGACAACUUGCCUCCAACUCCUGUUUAUGUAAGAUUUUUUUAAACAAAGUGUUUGUUUCUGUGUAAUUAAGUUACCAUAAUUUGAUGUAUAUAGUUUCCAAAUACAUUUGGAAAUUUACUAUUUAUUAAUAACUGAAAUCUUUUGUCUUCAUUUGGUAUAUAGUCUCACAUGUUAAAUAAUGGUAGGCCAAGGUAAAAUGCUGACAGUUCUUUAAGCCCACAUACAGCCAGGCAGCAGUGUGUCAAGUAACCCUGUGGCAGUGAUGCAAGCAAUUGGCAUUUAAAUAAAGCCCUGGGAUCCUUUGAGUGUAUAUAGCCUCUUGUCUUAAAUGUAUUUCUCACAGCAGCAUGACAGAGGCAAGACUUAUGUGUCAGUUUUGAACAGCCUUACUUAACAUUUGAUUUUUAAAAACAAGAGACUCAGGGAAAGUAAAACCAAAAUUUCUUAUUUGACUUUUGUGUUUUCCAUAGUUUUUAUUUUGUUUUUCAUAGUUUUUACUUUGUUUUAUUGAAAUGUCUUUAUAAAGGAAUAUGGCACUAUGGCAGUUUGGUAAUUCUACAAAUUUCUUAAUAUUUCUCCAUCAUGGCCUUUUAUUUCACAAGUUUCUGAAGCCUGAAUUACAAUUUUUUACCAAUUUAAUCUGAAAUGUUGUUGAACUGCUUUCAACUUAUAGAGUAUUGUAAACUUCAAAGAAGAUGAAAAGUGUGUUUUCACAGUAUCUAUAUUGUGAACUAAACUAAGCCUACUUUUUUGUGACUUCAUUGUGAUGUGUUGGUGACAAAUAUAUGUAAUUCAGUAUGUUUAAA